CUUCGGUCUUAACGAGAAAGAUUCUAUCCAUCUAGCCAUCUGGCGCCUGCGAAAGUGAAUGAGCGGGAACCAAGUCUCGGUACGUUCUCGUCAAAAAAUCGAAGAAGAUUCCCUUCCGUAGGCGAGUUUACUUUUCCCGGAUCGAGUAGGAGCUUGUCGCGGAUUAGUUCAAGAAUUUGUUGAGGGCUCGGGACAAUAAUCGAUGUGAUAACAGACGAUAGUUAAAAAAAAAAAAAAAACCAACGCACUUUUUGUUCUCGGGAAUUGAUUGGGAUCAGUGGUGAAUUUCCGGGAAAAUUUCAAUGAAGCAGAAUCCAUCUAUCUCUUAUUGUUGACUAAUAAUGUUAGAAGAGACAGAUCGGUUUCGUGUCAACAGGAUAACCUCCAUGAGAGUGCCAUGAUUUGUACUAUGAUUUGUGAAGAGGUGAUAAGUGACUACGAGGAUUUGUUACGAAUCCCUAAUCUUGCGUAUUGAAUGAGUUUUGUUCAAUUUGCGCGACAUAGAUCGAACAUUACACAACGGAUACAUCUAGAUUCAAUUAUGACAUGAUCUCGUUAAUCGAUUGACACCGAGUUAACUUUUCCUCUUAGCAAUCCUAAUAAGAACUUUAAAUCCUCAGACACUUUAAAUGCCGUGUGUCCAAGUUUGAAAGACACUUGUCAAAACUGAUGAAUUUCUCAAGGAGUGCGCGAUGUUGUGUCUGGUCGAGAUGCACUUCACGGUGAAGAACACGUGUGAGUGCCGCGUGAUCGCUAAGCUCUAGUGUCUUCUACAACCGCAGAAUUAUUCACGGGAUCCUUACUCGGAGGUUUGAUUCAAAAAAACAACUCUCUCGAAGUAAACCCUUUGGGAAAAAUUUAUUUCUUCGAACGAGUUUCCGACAAUGGAUUCUCAGCAGCUCGUCGACACAGCUUCUCAAAAUAGUCAGGACAUCGUCUUACCGAAACCGGCCAGCAGCACCCCAAGACACAGCAUCGAUGCGAUCCUCGGAUUGGCCAGUCAUAAAAGAACUCAUCAAGAGAUGGAAGACGCCGGACGCGACGCGCAGGAAAAUACUGGUGAGAACAGCUGCAACUCCACCGGCGGCGGCAGCGACGAGGAACUCGGCGCGGGUUGCGGGGACGACAUAAACGGCAACGGCGGCAAGAAGAAGCACCGGCGCAACCGGACGACCUUCACGACUUACCAGCUGCACGAGCUCGAGAGGGCAUUCGAGAAGUCGCACUACCCGGACGUCUACUCCAGGGAAGAGCUCGCCAUGAAGGUCAAUCUCCCGGAAGUUCGCGUUCAGGUCUGGUUUCAGAACAGACGGGCCAAAUGGCGUAGACAAGAAAAAAUGGAAGCCGCCAGACUGGGCUUGAGCGAAUAUCAUCACGCUGCUAAUAUGAGGAACGUUGCCGGUCCGGCUCUGGGUCUGCCAGGAGAUCCUUGGCUUACGCCGCCCGGAUUGCUCAGCGCGCUUCCCGGUUUUCUCGCUGCGCCUCACACAGGAUAUCCCAGUUAUCUAACGUCACCGAGGCGACUGCCGUCACCGCCAAAUGUCGGCGCCGUCGGCAAUCCCGUUCCAGGAUCGCUAGUUAGCAGCAUGGCGAACAUAAGUGCUGGCGGUCACGUGCAACCACCGCCGCCGAGUCCACCGGGCCACGAUCCACGCACGACGAGCAUUCAGGCGCUCAGGAUGCGGGCCAAGGAACACGUCGAGAGCAUCACUAAAGGCCUGCAGAUGGUCUGAAGGUUAACCGAAGAUCUGUCGAGGGCGCGCGUCGCAGCAAACCACAUCGACUUCACGCUCGUAGCAGCGUGACGAGGAAGCGCGAGCACUGGCCCUUCGCUCGGGCCGGUUUCCGAAGAACUGCCUGAGAGCAGCAAGCGGAGGAGCGGUAUGUCGACCGACGAGAGCGAGAGAGUUCGUUCCGUUGAUAAAACAUCGGUGAACGAUGCUGCACACGAGAUUUUUGUAGAAAAGACGAUUGUGUGAGGAGAAACCUUAGGAAAGAUCUUGUUUCUAUAGUGGUUAACUCACGUUAUUAUCCCGAUAAAACGCGUUCGAGAGCGAAUCGCGAGAAAACGUUGGAGCGAUGCGCGCUCCAAGUCGGCGUUGUGCAAUAGGCGAAAGAGAAAUUACGUUGCGCGAACUUUUGUGUAUUUGAGGUGAAGAUAAGAGAAGGUAGGUUUUGAUUAUAAUUGGUCGCAUUGCCAUUAACUUUUUUCGAAGCGUCUGAGAAGAAAAAAAAAAAUAUAUAUAUAUAUAUAUUGCCGUAAAGAUAUAUAUGAUGUGAAUAACUUCGAAAGAGUUGUAAAUAUACUUGAAUCGAAAUUCUAUAAUAGAAACUACUUGUAAUCUCAUUACCAAUAAUUAUUAAUCUUGCUGUUAAAACGAUUAUAUUGAGAAUUAUUGUUUGUUACCUGCGUAUCUUGAGAAGAUCAUUAGAUUUUUGAUAUAGCGAAGAUAAAAGAUCGAGUUUUCUUGGAUGCGUUUUCGAGAUCGUGCUUGUCGGCCGAAUAUUUCCUCGCAACUCGAGGCAGGUUGCGCUCAAAAGUCUUCGUAUAGGAGAAUACACGCGCGUUUGAAUGAACGUCAGACGUAAGAAACACGUUAAACGUAAUGUCAGACGUUAAACGUAAAAAAAAAAACCGGAAGUCGGUCGGUCUUUUUUAAUAAAAGAUCUUGGAUCGGCGGCGCUCACGAAUCCGACGACGAUCGCGGAUCGUCGAUCGAUGGGAACUAGCGAAAUAUCUCUCUUGUAGAAUAUAGAAUAAAAGAGACAUACACACACGAGGAGGCGAGAAAAGUGAAUUUUGACAUAAACAAUAUUCUGCAGUAUUAAUACGUUAAGGCGAAAGGAUUGUGCAUAUUAUCUAAAUGCCAUCGUGGUAUGUAAAUUCCAGAAAGAGAGAGAGAGAGAGAGAGCGCGCGGAGGAGGAUUCUCACUCUCUUCCGAUCUUGUAAAAUAAACAAAUUGAUAUAAGAUUCACUUCUCGCGCGCGAUAUGUGCAAAAUCGUAAGAUUAGUUGACAUUUUCUGAAUGUUAAAAUUCGGAGAUUUCUUUAGAUUUUUGUAUGUUUUUGUUUUUAGAUUUUUUU